AUGAAGUUAGCUGUAUCAAGUGUAUUUAGGCCCAGAAAUAUUCCUAUUUUGAGAAGUGAGGAAAGGAAUUUUUUUUUUUUAUUAAUUAAAGUAUCAACUUUAGCUCAAAGUUUUAUAACUUUAUGCUUUGGGAUUUCAACAUUUACUUUGCUAUUCAUAAUAUCAUGGACAAGGAUUGCUUUAGUUUUUGAAGGAGAACCAAUUGAGGAGAUAUUUUAUAAAUAUGAUGGACUAGUUGAUAAACUAGGUUACAGACUAGCAACUUUUCUACUGCAAUCUUGUAAUAAUAAACAGUUUUCAAACAUUCUAUAUACAAUAGUACUUUUGAAAACUAAGAGUCCUGAAUACUGGGUUAUGACAUUCAUUAUCAUCCUGUCAGUAUUUAGUCCGUGUUUCUCUCUCUUUGGAAUUCUGGAGAAUUCAAAAAAGUUACUAUUAUAUUCUUUAUUUUGCACUACAGCUAAUUCUAUAAUUCAAUUGUCAACAGUACUCUACCUACCCUAUUGGUGUCAAUAUAAUCAAAUAGAAUCUUCACCAAAAAUAGUUGUGUACUUAUUAUUAGAUAUAAUAGUUCUUAUAUAUUCUCUAUGGUCUAUACACAUAUUACUAUUAUUAUACAAGGUAUUGAAAUGGGAUAUAAACAAUAAAUAUUUGCCAUAUAGAGAAUUAAUUAGUCAAGGAAGCUCUUCUCUUUUAGGCUAUAGAGAGAAGGGAGACUCUCAAAGUGCUACAAACAAUAUCUUGACAAUUAGUCAUGGCAAUACAGGAAAAUUAAUAUAUCCAAAUAAUUAA